CAUUUUUGGACGCUUUGGAUUUUUGUAGACUUUAAGGUUUUUGUAAAGAUGAAUAUUCGCCAGCUCGUUUAGUUUGCACUGUGAAAUUGUAGCCAAUUCUAGACUAUCCAAUCCACCUUGGCAUGCGCGUGCGAGAAGGUUGUGUGCGUGUGUGGUGCUAGGUCCUGUGGCUUUAGCUCCUUGGUUUUAUUCAUGGGGAAGAAAAAAGGGGCCUCGGGACUGGGCCGAUGUUUGAUCAAGCAGAAACCAACCAGUCGCCUCUACGAUUCCUCGCUCCACACAACCGAGCUAAAUGAUGGCUACGACUGGGGGCGCGCCAACGUCACCAGCAUCACGGAGCAAAAUGACCUGGACGCGUUCCUGGCUACGGCGGAGCUUGCAGGAAUUGACUUCACUGCCGAGAAGCAGAAUGUGAAGGUGGUGCACAAGGGCGACGUGGUCUCUUCGGGCAUCCUCUCUGAUGGCCAGAAGGCCGCGCUCAAGAGUUUACACGAGGAACACAAGGAGCUGCUCCGCAUACCACGCCGGCCGCCAUGGAACUCCGACACGAGCGCCGAGGAGCUGCACGCCCUGGAAAGGGAGAGUUUCGUCUCCUGGAGGAGGCAACUGGCAGAACUCCAGGAUGUGGAAGGUAUCAUCCUGACCCCUUACGAAAAGAACCUGGAAUUCUGGAGGCAGCUGUGGAGGGUCGUCGAGAGGAGUGACGUGGUGGUGCAGAUCGUGGACGCGCGCAACCCAUUGCUCUUCCACUGCGGAGACCUGGAGCGUUACGUGACGGAGCUCGACCCCCUCAAGCAGAACCUCCUCAUCCUCAACAAGGCAGACUACCUCAACAGGAAACAGAGAGAGGAGUGGGCCAAGUACCUCAAGUCUGUUGGUCUGCAGGCUGUGUUCUUUUCGGCACUUGAACAAGGCAAAGCCACACAUGAAAGCGAUGAAUCCGAGACAGGGUCAUCGCCAAAUCCUUCCCCUGAACCCUCGCCUGACUCGUCUCCCGAGCGGAGCGAAGGCCGAGAUCACUCAACAGAUUGUUUCGAGGAUCCCUCUCGCCUUUAUACGAAGGAGGAGCUUCUGGAGCUCUUUAGGACCACACACCCACACUCUAAGGCAACGAAGGGUCAGACGGUGGUUGGACUGGUGGGGUACCCCAAUGUGGGCAAGAGCUCCACCAUCAAUGCCCUCCUGAGCCACAAGAAGGUGUCCGUGUCCACCACUCCCGGCAAGACAAAGCACUUUCAGACCUUGCAGCUGGAGGAAGGCCUGUGGCUGUGCGAUUGCCCUGGCCUGGUGUUCCCCAACUUCGUGAGCAGCAAGGCGGAGAUGAUCGUGCACGGCAUCUUGCCCAUCGACCAGAUGACUGAUCACGUGCCGCCCGUCAGCCUCGUGGCCAGCCUGAUUCCGAGGCACGUGCUGGAGGCCACCUACGGCAUCAUGAUUCCCCGGCCCCACGAGACGGAGGACCCCGACAGGGCACCCACAUCGGAGGAGCUGCUCAACGCCUACGGCUACAUGCGCGGCUACAUGACCCAGAGUGGGGUCCCGGACAACCCCAGGGCCUCCCGCUACGUGCUCAGGGACUUUGUCACCGGCCGGCUGCUCUACUGCAUGGCGCCCCCCGGAGUGAAACAGGAUGACUACCACCAGUUCCCGCCCCCCACGAAAGCCUCCCGGCCGGAGCCAGCCCAGGCCAACAGGGCUCAGGAGAAGAGGGUGACGAGCAAGGACAUCGACCGGGACUUUUUCCAAAAGAAAGCCCCCGAGGCUCACAUCAAGGGCAGGACGGUGGUGGCAGCGGGGUCAUCCGACGCCGGUGCCUCGAGCGACGGCAAGCCCUGGAAGAAGCACCACAAUGCCAAGAAGAAAGAGAAGCUAAGACGCGUGUAUGCCAACCACGACCUGUAAACGGGGUGAAGCGGACCCAAUGUACAGAGUUUUUUUUCUUUGCAACGUCCUCUUUAAUGUUAAUAAACAAACGAUGCCACCUGCA